AUGCAGACAGACCACAUUAAGACUGUGUUUAAACAUAUUUACAGAAAUGUAAAAGAUCGAACAAUACGUCUGAAGCCUCGGUUGAACUACACAGAUGGAUUUCUUGUUUAUCAGAAGAUCAUAGGAUGUGAGGUGGACAACAACAGCACAGGUCUAAUGAGGUCUUGGGACUCUUUCAAUGGAAUAAACGUAGAAGAAGUAAACAUCAGCAUGCCAGAGAAAACUCUACAGAGGAAAAGCAACUACUUGUAUGAAUGGGAUGAAAAAUUACAAUCUGAUUCUAAAAAGAUGGUAUCAGAUUUGUACUAUCCAGUUUGUGUUAGAAAUUUACAGAAGUACUUUCACAAAGAGAAAAACAGAAUGCUGAGUAAGGUGAAGCCCAGGGUCAGACUCCUGAAGAAAACACUAACAGGCUCUGGAAUGGUUCAGGUGACCUGUUUGGCCACUGGUUUUUACCCCCGACACAUCAACUUGACCAUUCUCAGAGAUGGACAACCUUUGUCUGAAGACCUUGUUACUGGAGGGAUACUGCUACCUAAUGUUGAUGGAACCUACCAGAUGAGAAAGAGUCUGGAGGUCAAUGCAGAGGAACUCAAAGAGAGCUGCUACUCCUGCUCAGCUACUCGCCUUAGUCUAGACAACAAAUUGGACAUCCGCUUAGAAUAUGAUCCUGGACCACCUAUUGCAUCCAUAGUGUUCUCUGUGCUUGUGGUUCUAUUGGUGUGUCUAAUUGUACUCACGGUAGCCAUCGUUAAGUGGAGGAAAAGACACACCGGUUCCCAGUCAUCCCUUCAGUCUGAAUACACUGGAGCCUCAGGUGAGUACUUGAAAAUACACUAA